CUUUCGCGAUCUUGAGAUCUGGAUUGCAGUGGAAUUCCCCCUGGCCCUACGCAGCGGGUGGUUGUUAAUUGGAGGCAAAAGAAGUGGCCCAAUGUCGCUCUUGCACUCCUGGGGUCCGUCCUCAAACCCUUUUGUUGAGGCAAUUACGCCAGAGCUCUACAACCGAUUAGCCAGUGUUUUGUGGGCCACCUUCAUCGUCGUUUACACCCUCCUAUAUACUUGGUCGCUUUCCCUCGGUGACUUUGUGGGAUUUGGUUGGCUCCGCAAGCUCUUCCAACCCACUACCUGGUUUUUCAGCUUUGUCGCAAGUUUACUCAUUGGGGUCCUAGUCUGGAGGAGAGUCCAAAACCUGCAAGUUCGUCGCCGUGUACAGCGGACGAGAUUCCUUGCUCUGCUAGACUUCUUGAAUGGACAGUUACUGGCUUCUGCCCUCUGGCAUUCUGCGUCUAGUGUAAUAUUAGGAUAUUUCUACUUGCGACAAAAGCAAAGUAGAGUGAAAAGUGAUUGGUUUCUAUAUCCAGAAGGAAAAUAUGGUGCACCGGAACUCAAUGAGAACCUGGUCUUUAUUGCUGGAUACUGUCUCUUUGUCGCUCUAGCUUACGCUGGGUAUCGUCGAUACGCUGAACGCGAUCAGCUGGCUUUCCCACCAAUUCAGCGUGGACUGCAUUGGCGUAUAAGAGCUCGGUUACCUGUCAGUUUAUCGACGGCGGUGUCACUUGGAACCAUAUUUCUCGCGGUGUACAACUCAUUGUAUCUAAUUUGUGGGUUCUCACUGUACAAAAUUGCGGCAGCAAGCAUUGUUCGUAUCGGUAAUUUUGCGGCGACUUUCGGAAACAAAUCUGCUCCCAUUGGGCUUAUCAUCCAUGAAGGCUCCUGGCUACGCUGGAUUGGCUUGAGGUCGCUUUUGCACAGCUACUUGACAGGAAUGCUACUCCUUGCGAUCUGGGAAGCUGUCGACCACAUUUUCGAAGUCUUCUUUACUGCUCCAAUUAGAAAAGAUAUUCCUCGUUCCACAGUUCUAACAGGUCUGAACUUGCCGACUGGCCAAUAUGCACAGUAUCUAGCGUGGUUGACCCUGAAAGGCCAAUUGGAAUGUCGCGGUCAAUCUAGGCAGAGUAUUUUUACCGUUCGCAAUGACGAACCUUCACCUUUGAAAGCGGUGCUCGCUUCAUCAAUGUCUAUCGUGGACCGUCUGAGUGAAUCGUUAGAAGUCGAACAGAAAAAAAGCAAAGACCGCCGGGAACAGGAGGACGCAAAGCGAAUUAAACCAAUUGCCGCUGCCUCGGGGAUAACGGGUUCAAGCGUUUUUUCUCCUCAGAAACGUAAACAGGCCAUCCUGGAUGUGGUUAGCGAUAAAGUCAAAGAAUUUGUGUUCCAGCCAGGGAGCCCUGCUCGAAGUCCGAAAGUCCCGCCAGAGCCACCCAAAGUAUUACAGGACAGAUGGCCACAAGAGCAGCAUAGGGAGUACCCCGCCUUGCUUCGACCCCCACGGCAACACUUAGACGCUCAACAAACAGCUGGAUCAACGGCACAGUCACAGUCAAUACCUGUAUCAUUAAAAGACAGGCGCGCAACCGGACAGGAGGUUUUGGCAAACUUGCAGCAAUGGAUUGCACGGUGGAAAUGGGGAAAAUGGCUUGUGGCGGAAACAUUGGAUCGACAAACAAAGGAUUUGUUUGCCGACUUUCAGGUGCAAGUUUGGGCUAUUCAAGUUCUUAUUAGCAUCGUCGUUGCUUCUCCAACGGAGGACCGAUUUGGAAUUGUCAGUGACGAGCUUGACACUAUCCUUGAAUGUCUACUUCGGUGUCAGCUGGGUUUGGAAACACGAUUGGCGGACCCGCCUGUAAAACCAGAUGAGGAUCCAUGGAUCCGAAAUCAACUGGGUGAUAACCAGUUGCUAUUCAGGGAGCCAUAUGCUCUCUUACAAGUAAUGCAAAAUUCUUUGUAUCGGGUGGUUACUGCGUGGUACGAAACAUUGGGGCAGAGGAAGUUGCAACCCCGAUACGCCAGGAAGUUCCAAAGAUAUCUGGACUUCAGGGAAUGAGGCACGUCGGUGAUAUCGGCAAAAGGGAAACGGGAGCUGUGGCAUAUCAAAUGAGAAGGGGCGCAUGCGUAGAAACAAUAACCUCUGGUUUGCAAAUAUGUACACAAGAUUAUGGCGCAGAGUAUCAUUAAAUACCUAUAGAGGUUUAAAAACCUAUAGAGCGCUUCAAAUCCAGUUCCACUUCGU